GAAACCAAGGAAACACAGACAAUGAGCGGAGCUGGGAAGACUGUGUGCGUCACUGGCGCUUCUGGGUACAUUGCCUCAUGGCUUGUGAAGCUUCUGCUCGCCAAAGGAUACACUGUCAAAGCUUCUGUUCGCGACCUAAGUGAUCCAAAGAAGACUGAACAUUUACUUGCUCUUGAUGGGGCGAAGGAAAGACUUCAUUUAUUCAAAGCAAACUUAUUGGAAGAAGGAUCAUUUGAUUCUUUAGUGGAUGGAUGUACAGGUGUUUUCCAUACAGCAUCUCCAUUUUAUCAUGCAGUCACAGACCCACAGGCUGAAUUACUUGAUCCUGCAUUAAAGGGGACUCUUAAUGUUCUUGAAUCCUGUGCAAAAACACCAUCUAUUAAAAGAGUGGUUGUAACAUCCUCUCUAGCUGCAGUUGCAUACAAUAGAACACCUCGAACUCCAGAUGUGGUAGUUGAUGAGACUUGGUAUUCAGAUGCUGAGUUUUGCAGAGAGAAUAAGGUUUGGUAUCUACUUUCGAAGACCUUGGCUGAUGAGGCUUCCUGGAAAUUUGUAAAAGAGAAGGGGAUCGACAUGGUUACAAUAAAUCCGUCCAUGGUGAUUGGUCCUCUUUUACAGCCAACACUAAAUACAAGUGCUGAAGCAAUUCUGAACUUAGUAAAUGGAGCACAAACAUAUCCCAAUGCAACAUUUGGAUGGGUUAAUGUUAAAGAUGUUGCUGAUGCACAUAUUCUGGCAUUUGAGAAUCCUUCAGCCAAUGGAAGAUAUGUUUUAGUCGAGAGAGUUGUUCAUAAUUCACAACUUCUGAAAACUUUGUGUGAACUUUAUCCAACUUUGCCUCUUCCAAAAAAGUGUGCUGAUGACAAGCCUUAUGUGCCAACCUACCAAGUUUCCAAGGAGAAACCAAGAACCAUAGGGGUUAAUUACACUCCUCUGGAGGUGAGCCUGAAGGAAACCGUUGAUAGCUUGAAGGAGAAAGGCUUUUUUUAG